CCCUCACGUCUUCUCAGACACUUUCAAACUAACAAGUCAAAGUUCAGACUUACAAAUGAAUCACAGUUCUGAAAUUAUUUUCCUUUAAGCCACGCCCCUUAACAGUACUAACCCUCCCUCGCUGAAACCCCGCCACUUGUUGUUGCCAGGGUAACUAUGGCUCCAGCUUUCCGGCUGACGACUCGUCUGGCGGUAUCGGAAAACAUGUCGCAAUUUACAGUUGACUUCAACGCAGAGAGGGCGGGGCUUCAACGACUUCAGUUCCUGCCAGUUCCCAGAGCGCCAGAGAUCGACGUCUCCAGUUAUGUCAUCCGUGACAACUCCAUCACGGUUGCCUGGCGACCAGCUUGUGAGGCUGAUGGUGACGGUGUCAGCGGACGAAUUGAAUGUUACGAACUCGAAUACCGAAAAACAAAUCACGACAGCUCACUGAGAGCCGCAGGAGAAACAUGCUGGGAAAAAAUCCCCGAUAUCAGAGAGACAAAAAUCACCAUCUCAGGGCUGAAAUUUGACUCUCGGUUCGUCGUUGUUCGUGUUCGAGCGAGAAACAAAGCAGCCGCUGGCGAGUUCUCUGAACCCGUCGCCAUAGAAACCAGAGGUGAACACAUGAGUGAGAUGACAAAAAUGUUAGAAGUCCUCGUUUCAGGGCGAGACCGAUAUAGACAGAAUGAAACAA